CACAAAGCAAAUAACAAGAGACGGUACGUCAAAACAAACAAUGGGCAAGAAACACAAAAAGCACAAGUCGGAGAAGCACAGCUAUGAAGAGUACACAGAGAGGCCACUUAAGUUGGUACUAAAAGUUGCUGGAAACGAAGUGACGACAGGAAGCUCCAGCCUUGACAAAUUUUACGACAACCAGCCGGCGGAGCACGACAAGCCCAAAGACAAGAAAAAGAAAAAGAAGAAGAGAGGAGAUAAAGACAGGAGCCUUUACUCGCCAGAUGAUGAUAAAGGAAAGAAAAAGGUGGGAAAGAAAAAGAAAGGACAGGAUGGAGAUGGAGACUGGGAUGAUCAAGAGCACAACAGAACUCCCAUCCGCUCCGAGCGGGAUAAAAUGGAAGAAAAAGAGCAGACCCCUCUCCAGGAAGCUUUGAACCAGCUCAUCAGACAGCUCCAAAGGAAAGACCCCAGUGCGUUUUUCUCAUUUCCAGUGACUGACCUCAUUGCACCUGGCUACUCUUCGAUCAUCAAGCGGCCCAUGGACUUCAGCACAAUGAAGGACAAAGUAAAGAAAGAGUGCUAUCAGUCGCUUGAUGAACUCAAGGUGGAUUUCAGGGUCAUGUGUGAAAAUGCCAUGAUUUACAACAAACCUGAGACCAUUUAUCACAAAGCCGCCAGGAAACUGCUUCACUCUGGAAUGAAGAUCCUGAGCCCGGAGAGGUUAGAGAGCCUGAAGCAGAGUAUAGAGUUCAUGUCUGGCCUGGACACUUCUACAAGCAAGCCAGGAAAGACUGAGGAGGUGGGGGCUCCCAGCCUGGACCAACAGAGGGAAGGGGCUAUGACCACUGAUGCCAGCGAAAGCUCCCAGUCACCCAGCACGCCCAGACAGGACAAGGACUCAAAAGAUGAGUUGCUGAAGGCAGAGAAAGAGCUGGAAGAGAUUCGCAAGGUUAUAGAAGAAUCUGGAGGGAAGCUGUCCAACAGAGUUCUUCAGUGUGAGCUGGAGUUUGCACGCCGGAGGGCUGAUGGCUCCACCACCUUGGCAAUCCUCAAUCCAGCGGAUCCGUCAGCAGGUGAUGCAGGGUACUGUCCCGUGAAGCUGGGCAUGAUGUCCAACAGGCUGCAAAGUGGUGUGAACACCCUGCAGGGCUUCAGGGAGGACAAGAGGAACAGGAUUACUCCAGUGUCCUACAUAAACUAUGGGCCAUUCACCUCCUACGCACCCACCUACGACUCCAGCUUCGCCAAUGUCAGCAAGGAGGAUUCUGACCUUAUCUACUCCUUCUAUGGAGAGGAGUCUAGCCACCAGAGUUCUGAGAGCGUCUCAGACUUCCUGGCCAAAUCAGAGGAGUACACAUACAAACUGGCAGACAAUCUCCUUGACGCAAUGACGAACGGAGAGCAUUCUAAAACCUUCAAGGACACACAGCAGGUGGAAAAGUGCGAGGGCAUGGAUGACAUGGAGGUAUCUGAACCUGAAACCACCAAUGCUGGCAGAAUAGAAACCCUGAGUUCUGUGGUUGGCCUAGGACUGCUGAGUACUGAUGAGCUUUCUGGAGAGGCCCUGCACUUCCAGCAGAAAUUGGACGAGACUACAAAGCUCCUCCACAAGCUACAAGAAGUACAGAGAGAGCGCUUGAGUGCCAAGCAGCCACCUAACAUGAUCUGCCUGCUGGCCCCCAGCACCAGGGAGUUGCAGCUGGCUGAGAAGGUGACCGAAAACCUGGCUGUGCUAACCAGCCAGGUGGCCCCGUGUGAUGUCAGCAGCAUCUCGGGCAUCAGGAAAGCCAUGGGCAUCUCUCUACCUCUACAAUCACCUGAGCCAUUGAUAGACCUCACCACAGUGCAAGAGCUGGAUGAGCCAAUGGAGACAUUGCCUGGUCAUGGGCUGCCAGUCGUUGCUGUAUAACAACUCUUAACAACAUGACAGUUUAAAUUGUUUUGUAAAAAAAAUUGCUUGUGUGAAUUUAUAUGCAUUUCAGA